AUGUCAUCCAAACUGUUUGAUGAACAAACUCACUUGUUUAUUACGGAAAAAAAUAUUCUCUCCGACGAAAUACAGUACCUUCUUCACAACCCUCCACUGAGGCUGGCACUUCCGCUUCAGGAGCUCAUAGACCCAACGCGGCGCUCACGUCGACAGAGAAACUCUAAUCGCAUACCACGAUCCAAUAACGAAUGGAUCAUGUAUAGAAGGAACCUAGAUGCAGCCAAGAAAUUGGAAGAAGAAGCGCCGAUAAAACAGGAGGAAGAGGAAGAAGCAGCAUCGUCUAUAACUAAACCGAACAACAAAGCCGUGCGGCGCUCCCGUCGUACAAGGGAUACGUUAAAGAUUUAUUCAAAAGAAGCAAAGACACGCUGGGAGAACGAAGAGCCGCGUGUUAAGCAGUUCUUCAAGAUACUUGCCGAAUUGGCGAGAAUAGUACAUCGGAAGAAGUAUCCCAAUUAUAAAUACGAGCCUCGGGAGAAGAAGACGAAGAAGCAAAACAAAUGCAAAAGCGAAGGGGGCGGGGGAUUUAUUUUCUUUGAUGGGUUUAGAGAGUGGCAAGAGAACGAUGAUGUGAAGAAUGAUAAUAAGGAGGAGGACGUAAAAGUGGAAGUGGAAAGCCCCACUUGCGAAAUGGGUGAAGACGUAAAGGUGGAGGUGGAAUUGCCCCCAGAAGGAUUGGUCUAUUUUGACGAACCAAAUUACAUAGAAAUGGAUCCAGUAUAUUUACUUCCGUACGAUAAUUAUGGCUACGUCAACAAUUUGUGGUUCGAUGGCAGUAGUAGACAAUUUGAACCGAGUUAUUAG